UCAACAACGAGCACUGACCUACACUUGGCGGGUACCGAGAAUUAUUCAAAAAAAUUGUCGGCAAAUUAAAAUAUUUCUUUAAAAUUUAAUGCUGACAUGAUUUAUAAGUUAUUAGGGAGUAUUUUGGUAUAAAAAUGUCACAACAUUUAGGAACGUCGAACGAGAGAACGCUCGAAGUGGAUUACCCGUUACACAAAGCCUGUCGAGACGGCGACCAGGAAAAAGUAACGGCUUUGUUGUUAGCCGGCCAGCAUGAUCUAUACGAAGAAGACGGUUAUUAUGGCUGGACUCCCACGCACUGGGCGAGCUAUUUUGGGAAACUUGCUUGCCUAAGGAAGUUAAUAGGUGAACUAAACUCUGUCUCUGCUUGUAAUUUGUCUACCAAAGGUUCUGGGGAGACUCCUGUUCAUGUAGCUGCUCUAGGGGGACAACCGAACUGUCUUUUAUGGUUACUACAGGCAGGGGGAUACCUUGAGACUCAGGAUUAUCUUGGCGAUACACCAAUACAUAAAGCUGCUAGAGCUGGUAGUAUGGAAUGUAUUAGUUUAUUGGUCUCACAAAAUGCUGCUUUAGACAUGAAAAACUACAAUGGACAUACAGCUUGUGAAGUGGCUACCAAUAGUAAUCAUAUUCAUUGCGGAGAAUACUUAGAAAAGGCAUUGCAACUGCAACAAGCAGGAGAGCUGCAAUCGACACAUCAACCCAUUCAAUCGUUAAAUAAUAAUAAUAAUAAUACAUGCCUACAAUCACAUAAUAUGAAUGGACAUUCUAUGCAUAAUGGUGAAACGUCACCAGGAGACUGUGAUAUGGACAUGGAAAUCUCUACUCAUGAAAAUCACAAUAAUCACUCCAUACACAAUGGUUUCCAUGGUUACACUAAGGGAGAUGACUCAGAAAUGAAUGGGGAGUCUCCUAUUAAUGGUUGUAGAGGCAGUGAUUCUGCUGUGUUUCGAGCGUUUUCUGGGAUGAAAAGGUCAUUAGACGAUGAGGAGGAUGAGGGAAUCAAAAGAAGAUGUUACAGAGAGAGUAAAUGUGAGGAGACAUCAUUGAAUAACAAUGUACUUAGUUCUUAUCAAUCUAUACUAGCAAUUUCUACUACACCUGUCAAGCCUGAUCCUGUCAUUACUACAGAAAAUUUCCACCCAGCCUAUCACAUAAACUCUAAGUCAACAGUUACCAUGUCAACGUCCGAUAACGUCACACAGAGUGCUAUAGAACAUACCAUAUCAUUACAAGAACAAAGUGGAUACGAUAGUCUACUAGCCGCAUCACUCAUUUAUAAAAAUUAAACUUGAGAAGAAAGAAGUAGUCCUAUUAUUUUCACGAGCGACGUCAUCUCAAAUGGUUUAAAACACGGAGAGUGUAACCAAAGAAAUUUACAUAUUUUUGCAUUUAAUAUAAAUGAAAAUUAGUUGUUAGCACUCCUGAAACAGGGAAUUAAUUCAACAUCAAAUCGGCGUGAUAUAAAUGAUUAUUGAAAUUAACGCACCUAUGUGUAUAUACGUUGUGCCCCUUUCAGGGAAAUGUACACUAUUGCUAUAUAAUCAAGGACACAUGUCCCAUUUAAGGCAUUAGGGACCUGUGACAGCAAAAUGAGUGUCAAAUCACAAGUCAUUGUUUACGAUAAGAAUAUAUCAACAAAAAUGUCGAAAUAGGCUAAAAAUAUUCAAAAAAUAUAGUUCGCUUUAUUUGUCACAUCUAAUCUUUUAACUUUGGUGUCAUUUCAUUAAAGAUAUAUUUCUACCCUAUUUUACCAGUUUUGUUCAUAUUGUAAAAGAUUUGCGACUCAUUUUGCCCUGACAGGUCACAUUUAAUUAGUUUCUUUAUUAUCAUUAACCACACUGAUUCCCUUCUUUGUUUACAACUCUCUACUGGAGCCAGUCAAUUUUUGGAAGCAAAGUCGUCACAAAUCUGACUCUGCACAAAUCUGGAUUGUUCUUCACACGUAAAGCUCCUGUACAAUGUCUCACAAUAUAAUCAUUUGGUUGUAGGCUCGUUGCAAUUAAAUAUAAUUUGUUUUCGUAUGUAGUACUUUACUAUUAUUUUUGUUGUCUUUGUUUUGAUUAUCGUAAGUAAAUCUAGAUCUCUGUUAGAUGCCAGAAACCUAGUUAUAGGUUCGGAUAUUAACUCAUUAUACGCAGAAGUGAAACGAUUUAACUUUAAACGGUUUGAACUUUCACUCAUAUUCAUCAGUGUAAAUAGAUAAUAAUCGGUUAGAUCUCAGUAAAUAUUCACUUAUAUACAUUUUGAGAGGAAUAACAUUGGUUAAAGAUAGGUGAUGUAAGAUUUAGAUAAAGAGCUGUUCGUUCUUAAUAUAAUAGUUCAAAAAUAGAUAAUGCAAAAUGAAUAUAUUGAAAAUUUCAUUAAAAUUACUUUAUUCUAAGCAAAGUUAUCACUGCUGGCAGAUCACUAUUAAUUAUCGUAGCAGUAGUACUUAAAACAGAGGCUAGAUUUGAUUAUAUUCUUGUCAUGUUAAUAAAUGUCUACCUACAUAAUAAUUUAUUUAAGAUUUGAAGCCAGAAUAAAGAUCUGGAAUAGGUAAAUUUAACUCUUGCAUAAUACAUGUUUAAAUACAGGUUAAAACGUUUUGGCAUCUUGCCCUAGAGAACCCAAUAUAAAUAAAAUCAAUACCUGUUUAUGUUGGAGAAGAAUUUGGAUUUCUGCCAUAUGUUUUCCUUGCUAAUACAUUGUUUUUUUUGUUAUUUUAUAAUCACAUAUAUAGAGUAUACAGGUGACAAUUCUAAGGAAUACAAUUACUGCUUAUUACAUAGCAUUGUCACCUGUACACUCCAGUUUAAUUACUAAAUGCGAUUGAAACAAUUCACAUAUAUAGAAUCUGGCACCGAGGUCACAAAUCAUUCUCAGACUUAAGUUAAGAAUUUAUUCAACUUUCAAUCACUGUUUAUAAGAAAUAUCUUUGAUCAAGAAACACAGAAAUUUGCACAUAGUUUCUUAUUGAUGUAUUUGAUACAUUAAAACAACAAAAGUUUUAUAAAGGGAUAUAUUUAAGUUACAAUAAGACGAACAAUUUUGAGUAAAUUCUUAACUUAAGUCUGAGAAUGCUUUGUGAAUUCGGGGGCCAGAACGUUUUUAUUUUGUUUACAGUAGUUUUAAUUUUCAAUCUAUAUAUUUGUCUUGCCAUAUUACCUGGUAUUUUUAUUUAUCUUAUUAUUAGAUCUUAGUUCUGGAAACUCUGUUGGCCAUUUUUCUUUUUUUACGAUAUGUGACAUGUGACAGCAAAAUGAGUCACAAAUCAUUAUUAACGAUAUAUGAAUGAAAAUGUCAAAAUAGGAUAAAAUCAGAAAAAAAAUAUAGUUUUCUUUAUUUUUCAAUCUAAACUUUUUCAUUUCGUGUUACAUUAUUAAAAAGAUGUUUUGUUGAUUUUGUAAAAGUCGGCUUAUUUUGCUAUCACAGGCCACAUAUUUUAAUAUUUUUAAUGCGAUUACGAUGCACCAGUUUUAGAUCAUUUUCUCUGUCUUCAUUUACUUGGGGGCGGGGGUCUGGCCGAAUGAUUAACAUAUGCAUGUUGCUUCGUGAAGUCUGUGUUGGCUCAUUAACCUAGAGGUCCCGUGUUCGUUCCCUGCAUUCGGGCGAGAAAGUUCAUCAGGAUGGAACGAAAAACCAAAGUCCUGUGUACACAUUGACGUGCACGUAAAAGAUCCCUUGACAGUUGGAAUUUGAUGUAACAGUAGGACGUAGCACCGCUGUCCUUGCAAAUUUCCCUUAUAGCAAAUUUUGUAUCAUGGGCCUGUCUUCAUUAGCCCAGUUGGAGCAAAACAGUAGGACGUUAAACCAUUCAUUCAUUUUGUACACGACAAGGAGUAGGAUUAUCCAACCUUGUGAGCUUUCUUCCAGUACUCCAUGUUUCUUCCACGUGUAAAGACGCCUGCUCGUAAACUGGCAAAUCGUAACAGCUUAAUAAUUUUCACUAUAAUCAGUAAUUUAUUAUUAAAUAACCUUAAAACCAAAGAGAUUUUUCAUGUCAAAAUAUUUUCUUUACUUUUUUUUUCUUCUGAACUUGUCUAUAAUACUUGAGCAUAAUUUAAGUUGCAGAGAUUCACAACUGCAUAUUCUGUGUUGAAUUAUUGCUGAAAAAUCACCGUUUAUAAGAGACCAUCACAAAAUAUCAACACACGAAAUAACCCAAAGAACUUCGAACUACCCAGAAAAUAAUAAAAUUGAAUCAGAAAUGGAACUAUAUGAAUAUUUUCUUACUCCGUCUGUGUAGAUGAGAACACUGGUGGGUUGGCUCCGUGAUCUAUCCAAGGGUUACGCGUUUGGACGUAAAUGUUGAAAUUUUGCGAUGGUCGUUAAAUUUUAUCAGCAUUAUGAGGAGAUAUAUGUAAUUAAUCUUCAAUCAAAAUAAUCUAAGAAUCUCCUAUAAUGGUUGAAAAUUCAAGGAUGGGCCUUAUAGAGUUUUUUUUGGGGGGGGGGGGACAUCAUAAGGUCUGUCAUUGAGUCAAGUGGCGUGGUUUUGAUGCCCCGGUUGUACGUGACAAGGAGUAGGGUUUCCUGUCCUACCUUGUGGGUUUUUCUCUGGGUCCUACGGUUUCCUCCCACAGCUAAAUAUCCUUACGCACAAGUGAAUUAUUGAAAUAAAAUUGAAAUCCCAAAAGGACUUAGGUUGUGUCGAGUAUUGCUGGACUCUUUGAAAACAACAAGUAAUGAAUCUUAAUCAUCUUUAUCUCUGCAAUGUUUUGAAAUAUCACCCUUAAAUUUUUUAUAAUUAGAACACACCUAAUUAGAUUCCACCCCUUUACCUAUAUUUAAAAUAAUAUGUCCAUCAUGCUCAUAAUAAUCUAUAUACAAAAGUUGUUUUCAUCUGAACAUUUUGUUAAUUUUUGUAAAGAAUCCUGAAAAAGUCACAAAAUAUCUCAUUAUUGCCAGAAUAUGUUAUUUUUGGCUAAAAUUGUAUAGAGUCGUAUCUGUAGACACAUUCCCUCGUUCCCCCACCUACGCUUAUUGUGUCUGUAAAUACAGCUUUAUAUAAAAUGUCCUGAUAAAAAUUGUAUAGAGUCGUAUCAUUUGUAGACAUAUCCCCUCGUUUGCCCACCCUGCUUACUGUGCCUGUGAAUACAGCUUUAUAUAAAAUGUCCUGAUAAAAACUGCCAAUCCUGCUUCAUAAUAUUUUCAUAUAUAUAUAUAUCAUUAUAAUCAAAGAAGGUAUACACAUUGAAUUUAAUAUUUAUUAAGAAGAAAUUUAUCCAUGUUUAUGUUGUAGCAAUAUUUGGGUAUAUUAGAAGUAUAAGAGUUUAUUUACAGUCUGUCAUCUGUUGUAAACACUGUCUAUUUGUGAUUUGAAUCUAGAUUAUGAUACCUGGCCAUCGAACCCACCAAGUGUAAGGGAUGGUACUGUUAAUCCUUCUGUUACUGGUCACUAUGGUCUUCAAGUUCACAGGUUUUAUGGUUGCCAGCUUACUGAACACUAUGGUCUUCAGCCCACAGGUUAAUAUGGUCAUGGAAACACAGUGAGUGUUAACCUGGUGUAUGGGACCCUGUGUUAUGACUGUUUGUUUUUGGUCAAACUGUGGUUGUUGGAAUUGUAGUCACCAGGACCCACAUAUAUUGCUCCUGUGACCGUAUUCCUCCACAUAAUGAUAAAUGUUAAUCUGACGGAAAUAUGAAGAUCUCUGGUCUAUCUUGUUAUAGGACAAUAUGUCUCUUUAGAAUCUCUCAAUAACCCAAUCUUCUGUCCACUCUCCAACAUUACUUAAAUAUAUAACAUCUUAGCCUUUAAAUUUACACCACAAAUACUUGUAUAUAAGCAUCGGUUGAAAAAGGUUAUCAUAUAACAGACUAUAAAAGUCUAUUCUGGUAUGAAUUAGUUUUAGAAUCAAAACAUGGCAGAUUUAAAAUCAGAUAUCUGUCAAUCAAUCUCAUUCAAAUACACAUCUAUAUUUCCUUUCGUUUUUUAUACUUUCGAUGUCCCACACUACAUGAAGAUCUGGCCGGUUGUAAUGGAAGAUUGUACGAGCGGCUUUGACCCUGUGACUUCAGACAUUGAUUAAUCAGUCAGCGUUGAUGUUUCUAGUGGUUUACCCACAGUUCCAUGCACUCGUUGUAAGAGACCAUUUCAUUGGCUAAUCUCUCACUUCAACCAGAAUGCCGGUAAUAUAACAACUCUUUGAGAUCCUAGUUUAUUAAAGACAAGUAAAAUGAAAUUUAUAAAAAAUGAAACGAAAUACGAUCUGUGUUUUAAUCAGACUGGAUGAUAACAAUAAUAAGUCUUUAAUUGUUUGUCUGAUUCUGAACAGAAAUUCCAACUACAAUCAAGAUCCAUGUGGCUAGAUUUAUGGUGCAGUUAAAAAAAACAAAACAAUAAAAGGCAGAGAUAAAAAUUGAUUGUGGUUUUGUUGGGAAUUAUUUGAUGAAUCAAUGCCUAUGCUUUGUUAACUUAGUCAAGCUUGUUUAUAUUAUUGUCUAUUGUUAUUGAUAUUCUAUAGUUAGCUUAUAAUGUUAAACAUUUGUCAGUUCUAUUUUUAUAAGUUUCCAUGACAUUUAAUGAGAAAAUGAUAUAAUAAUAUUAUACAAAUUAAUUGCAUAAUGUUUAAUUUUACAUGUUUGUAAUGUAUUUUAAAUUUUAUAAGUUGUUUGAUACAUAUAUUUAGCAUAAUCUGAUUUCUGUGUCUGGUUGACCACCGGCUGAUCACUGGCGGUUCAUUACACAAACGAUUCUUGAAGUCUGUUUACAUGUGCAUUACACAUGCACGCUUCAAACUAUGUAUUUUACUGCUAAAAAUGAAUUCAAUAAAAAAAAUCAUGAAAAUUUUAA